AAAGCGAUGUACUUUGAUGGAGAUUAUGGUGAGAUAGUGCGUCUUGAUGAGGUGCCUCAGGAUAGAAGAGCAGAGGUGCAAGAGAGGAGGCAUGAAUUAAUAGAGCAUUUGUCUAAUGUUGAUGAGCAUUUGGGUGAACUAUUUCUUGAAGAAAAGACGCCAACAGUUGAAGACAUCAAGCAAGCUAUUAGACGCAACACUCUCAAAAGAACUUUACACCAGUACUUUUAGGUACCGCAUUAAAGAACAAGGGAGUUCAACCUCUGCUGGA